GCUCAAGUCUAUCGCCCUCUCGUUGGCCGACAAAGUCACCCUCUUGCGAAGCAUACUAUUUCAUGAUGAUGCAGCGAGUGAUCGCGCUCGCGCUGUUUCUAAAUUUUGCAUAUGGUCUCCGGACCGACGCCACGGACAAGGAGGUCAAGACAGACCCUGACGUCGAAGAAGAUGAGGAGGAGGAGGAGGAGCAUGAGAUCCCUCACCUGGAUGCGAAGAAGCGCUCCGCGCUGUCCCGGCUCACGGACAAGUACCGGGAUUUGUUCCCGGCGGAUGAGGAGCUGGGCAGCCAGUCCUCGCUGGACGCGCUCGACAAGAAGUACGCCCACCUCUUCACCGACGAUUACGGAUCCGAUGCCGGCGUGGAGGCGUCUAGUGGGUCCAGUUCCAGCAGCUCUCACAAGGUGUCUCGGACCAAGAAUUCCAGGACCACCAUCACCAGGACCACCAGGACCACCAGGACCACCAGGAAGGGCUCGCGAACUUCGAUCUCGUCCCAUCCUAUUGAUGCGCGGCCGAUCCCCCCCCUUCCCAUUGACUACAUUGAUGAGGCGACCACCGAAGCACCUGCGGAGGCGACCACCGAAGCACCUACGGAGGCGCCCACCACGCAGCGGAACUUCGUGGGCGGGGAUGUGGAAGAGACGGAGGCCGAGGCGGAUGUGUUGCAGACCGGCAUCAACCAGGAGUGCUUCCUGGAAGAGACCGCCAAGAAGUUCAUCCCGGUGCAGGAGGGCUGGCUGCUGCUGACCUCUCUGGGCAAGCGCCUGCUGUGGGAGGACCUUGGCUCCGUGCUCGCGGCCUUCCGCCACCACGUGAAGGACCACGUGGGCUCUCUGGGGCACCGUGUGUCCAGCGACCAGCGCUUCGCGAAGACCUUGGGCGAGCACUUGACCGAGGCCUCCAACAAGGUGAACUUUACAGAGGCGCAGCUUAUCCGGGCAGAGUACGGGGAUUUCAAGCACCUGGGCCUGGCGAACUACAUCUACCGCAUGGACGCCGCGGAGGCCCAGCCGCUGAAGGACCUCCAGCGCGACCUUUGCCACGGGAUGCGGGACUUCAUGCUGAAGGUGCAGGGAGUCGAGAAGGGCUCGCCCUUCCUGAAGGAUCCCAACUUCCUUUGGCACAUGUGGCAGGAGUCUUGGGGCGCGGUGCGGGUCUUUGUGAAGAUCACCACGCAGUGCAUCGUGAACGUUCCGGAGGGCCAGGAUCGGAACUCCUUCCUCACCUCCCAGCACCAGGACGAGUGGAAGCAGUGCAAGGGUCUGUCAGCCCGCACGACCUACCCCGAGGACCAGUUCCCCAGCGCGGUGAUGGCCUGCGCGCGGCCCGACGAGGAGAUGCCGGGGAAGUAUGGCCGGGACAGGAACCGCGUGGUGCGGUACUUCGGGUGCGGCAAGAACCGGGUGGAGACGGAGCCGCCGGUGACGGACGGCGUCACUGAGAACUGCCUCCAGUCGGACAAGAUGGAGAUCAAGGACUUCAUGUACUCGAUGUGCAGCGCCAAUUCCAUCAGCACCAAGGAGUGCCGACUGUUCGGACCCUUCUGGGGUGUCUACAGCCACCCGGCGGACUCCCUCUAUGGCUACGAGUCUCCGCAAGAGAAGGAGCAGUGCCUUGCGAAGAAAGAGCAGGGGGCCUCCGCGGACGAGCUCUGCGCCGAGCCGCAGGCCAAGGCGUUCCAGGGCCAGUUCAAGCACGCCAUGGCGGACUACAUCUUCGGCAACGCCCCGCCCCUGACCAGCUCCCGCAGCCGAGCUUGGCAGGAGAGCAAUGGCGAGAAGAGGCGGAGGCCGGUGCAGACAGGCUGGGACCCGGCCACCAUGGCCUACCCGCUGCCCCAGAACCGGCGCCUGGAUCCGCCGCUCUGGGAGAUGCUCCGCGAGGCGGAACAAGGGGAGGGCAUGAUGAUGAUCAGCUACGGCUACUCGGGCGCCGGCAAGACCACCACGCUGAUCGGCGACGCCACGGCGCCGGUGGGCGGCGGCCGCGGCAUCGACGGGGUGCUGUCGCUGUACCUGAAGGAGAACGCACGAAAGAUCGAUGAUGUGCGCAUCCAGAUCUUUGAGGUCUAUGGGCGCGUCAGCGUGCAGGACGGGACCAUGAAGAGGAACACCGGGUCUGGGCUCUGGGGGUACAACAUCCGGGAGAAGGUGACCAACUUCCUGGGCGGCGCCGAGGCCUUCAUGGACGCUCACGACAACUUGGACAUGGACGCGCUGAAGGCGGCGCUGUCGACGCCGGAGUUCACCUUCUCCAUCAAGGAGACGGUGCCGCCCUCGCUGGCGGGCAACGUGGCCUGGCACGACCAGCUGAAGGAUGUGCUCACCACCAUCGAGGACAUCCGCGUGGACGAGCAGAAGUUCGCGGCGGGGGGCGAGCCCAUUGCCCACAUCCGUGGCACGGUGAACAACCCCAAGAGCUCCCGCGGCACUUUGGUAGUGCUCACCAACAUCGUCUUCAAGCCAAAGGAAGGCGAGGAGAACGGCAUCGUGGCGCCCAUCACCACGGUGGACCUGGCUGGGUCUGAGGAUCCGGCCGUGAUGGUGGGAGGCUUCAUGCAGUUCAAGCUGGUGCCAGGCCACCCGCUGUGCGACCCCAACCUCGGCAAACAGCCCCACGAGCUCAUGGCGAGGUACCUGGCCAACCUCAGCUCCUAUGAGGAGAUGGUGGCGCUGUCCUACUGCAUCCAGCUCAAGGACGUGCUGGUGGAGUGCGACAGGAUGAAGCCUGAGCGUGGCUGCGUGGACGUCACCAUGAGCAGCGGGAAGACGGAGUUUGUCCGCCCCAAGCUCGACAAGAACGUGCCGGACAAGUGGCUGCACAAGGAACACAACGGGGAGACCGCAGCAUGGAACCUCCUGUUGAAAUUCCCUGGCCUGGACAAGAAGACGAAAAAGAGGAAGACGAAAACUGCCACCUUUACCUACGAGGAGAUCUUCGAGGCCCUGGAGAAAGGACCAUUGGCGACCAUCAGCCCUAGGCGCACAGAGACCAAUCCCUUCAGCGGCAAAGGUUUGGAGGACGACUAUUCCUGGGCAGAGCGGCUCUGGGAUAUCUGCAUCAAGACCAAAAAGGGGCAGUGCAAGAAAAAGCUCGGCAGCAAGAUGGACUGCACGGUCCUCGGCGGGGUGCUCGCCAAUGAGUACACGCACGACGCCGACAGCACCAGCGCAACGGAAGUCCCCCGCAUUUGUCUCAGCUUGAGAGACGGGGGGUGGCAGAGCGGCGGCACGCUGGGCGAGAAGGCGGACCUGUGGAAGUCAACCCGGAAAUUCUUCUUCGAGAGCAUCCAGUCCUACAUGAAGGGCUACGCCGACAGGAAGGGCAACGAGGAGUUCGACCGCCACCUGCGGUACUUCACCUCCUCCAUCGGCCCGGUGGUCGAGGAGGCCUUCUUCAUCAACGAGGCGCUCAACGACAUGAAAGGUUACCUGGGCAUCUGGGCCAAGGCGAGCAAGAUGAACCCCCCAGGCACUUUGCUCAACUUCUGGCCUCCUGCGGACAUGAAGGUCCAGGGCAAGAUCAACCAGGAGGUGGACUAUCGACCAGGCAGCCCCAUUUCCGAGCAGGGAUACAAGAUCUACGACUUCAUCCGACCUCGGGGUCACGAAGAGAGCUAUGCGACCGCCCUGGCUCACGGCCAGGACGGCAUCAUGCUGGUGACCAUGUUGGAGUGGAUCCGCCGGCUCUCGGUGGACCAGGGCAAGAACACCAAGGUUUUGGUGGGCACCUUCGUCCGCUCCGACAUCCCGGGGGCGGACAUCGACUGCGAGGGCGCCAGGGCCUCUCUGCAAUUCGCCCAGGAUCUGUCGGACAGCGUGGGAUGGAACCGCAUGCUGCCCGGAGUGCUACCCUUCUUCCACAGCUAGGUCCGGCGAUCAGAUGCUUGAUCGAUCGCCACCGGGAUGGUGCCGUGAUCGUGGGAUUCGGCCAAUGCCCGCCUUUUGCGGCGUCAAAAAGAACGAAUCCUAGAUAGCCAAGUUGCGAUCGUUUUUUUCAGUC